CUUGACUCAGAUGCUUUAGUUUUGACACAAGGAUUUUUCAAUUAAAGUCAUGGGAAUUCUACAGGUCGAUGAGCUGGUUACAGACAUCACAAGUGGAAACAAAGAGCAGGACCAUCCUGUGUCACAGAAAUAUCCUUCUGAACAAUGCAAGACUGUUGACCAUCAUCUGAAAACCCAUAAUAAUCUUCAGUGUGACAGUGAACAUGGUUUUAAUACUGACAACAGCACAAAUGACCUCCAGGAGAUUCUAGAAGUUAGUCAGAAGACAAAAAGAAGCACAUCAGUCUACAAAAUAGAGCCUGAACAAGAGAUAGUGAAUGAUUUUGUUGAUGAGGAUGACUUCCUGAAGGCAGCGCUGGAUAACAAAUUGACAAUGAUCAAGAGUUACCUCGCCAGAGGUGCGGACCCAGAUGCAUGUGAUAAUUUCAACCGUACAGCUCUACACAGAGCUUGCUCACAAGGAAACUUGGAGAUUGUGAAUGCCCUGCUAGAGGCUGGUGCUUCAAUUGAAAAUAAGGACAAGCUUCAAGCAACUGAAGUUCACUGGGCUUGUCGUGGCGGCAGUUUGCCUGUGCUGGAAGCACUACUUAAUCAUGGGGCAAAACUGGAUUCCAGAGACAAGCUUCGCAGCACUCCCCUUCAUGUGGCAGUCAGGACAGGACACUAUGAAUGUGCUGAACAUCUCAUACACUGCGGCGCAGACGUCAAUGCAAAAGACAUAGAGGGUGACACACCAAUGCAUGAUGCUGUCAGACUAAAUCGCUUCAAACUUAUCCAGCUUCUUCUGAUGCACGGAGGAGACUUAAAACUCAAGAAUUGUGAGGGAAAGUCACCAAUGGACAGUGUUUGUGAGUGGCAGAACGGAGCUAAAACAAUCUUUGACAACUUUAAGGAUGGCAAUAAAUAGAAGCACAUCUUGACCACAGCUACACUUUGGGCAUAAUAUGCUAAAAACCUGCAUUUUUAGAGAUUGCCUGCAUAUUAGAAUCUGAUCUAAGAAAGGUAUAUUAUUGAGCUCAGCAUGACAUUACGGUUUCUCAAAAGGAAAGGUUAUGUGAAAGCUUUAUAAGAAUUUUGGAAAAUGAAGCACAGCAACUUUUUAUUAAAGUAUAGACAAGGCAGAAAGGAAUGAGAAACUUGGAAAAUUGAAUAUAAUAUAAUACUUCCUUUUUUCACAUGGAAAUGCAUUGCCUGAAAUAGCUCUGUAACUAAGAUUACAUUUGGCUUCAUGUAAAGUUUCGAUUGAUUAUUUCUGAAUGUACUUUGUAAGACAUGAAUUUUGUAUUUAGCUUUAUUUUGUUAUUUUGCAUGCAAUCAUUCCAAAGAUUGAAGAAAUAAAUGUCUCUCCCCUCCCCCCCAUAUAAUAGCUA